GCAGGCUAAGCUUCCCCCAAGGAGCAGACCCCCUGCCCUGCACCCUCUCAGCAUGAGGCCUCUCUUGCGAGCUCCACGCUACCUGCGCCGCCGCUCCUCUCACCUCCUGCCAGCAGAGUUUGUGUACAGCAAGGCAGCCUGCGGGCUGCAGGGGUGCUACCGACGCCUCAGCCAACCACGGCUCUCAGGGGAGACCUCCAGGCCAGGCACUCUGCUCCCCCCAUGCAGAGCAGGGCUGGCGGUUCCUCCUGGAGCCAGGCGGCCGUCAGCAGCCGUAUACGAAUGCCUGGGAAUGGAGCCUGCCUAUUGCAACUAUGCCAGUGCCUCUCCUGAAGCCUGGAGCCCUCUGCUGCUGAAAGCCAUUGCCAAGUCUGGCCUCCAGCACAUGGUAGCUCAGCCGAACCCCACGCUAGCCCUGAGGAGUGAAUCAGAGAGGCAGAUCCGCAACACUGUGGACUGGAGUGAGACUGCAAUCUACGGGGAGCACAUCUGGUUUGAGACCAGCGUCUCUGGGGACUUCUGCUAUGUGGGGGAACAGAACUGUGUGGCCAAGAUGCUGCAGAAACCCCUGACCAGACGCAAGUGUGCAGCCUGCAAAAUCGUAGUGCAUACACCCUGCAUAGAGCAGUUGGAGAAAAUAAAUUUCCGCUGCAAGCCUUCCUUCAGGGAGUCGGGAUCAAGGAACGUUCGGGAGCCCAUAGUCGUCCGGCAUCACUGGGUGCACCGGAGACGCCAGGAAGGGAAGUGCAGGCAGUGCGGAAAGGGUUUCCAGCAGAAGUUUGCCUUUCACAGCAAGGAGAUUGUAGCCAUCAGCUGCUCCUGGUGUAAGCAAGCGUAUCACAGUAAGGUGUCGUGCUUUAUGCUGCAACGCAUCGAGGAGCCAUGCACCCUGGGGGCUCAUGCUGCUGUCGUUGUCCCUCCAACCUGGAUUCUGCGGGUCCGGCGCCCCCAGAAUACACUGAAGUCCAGUAAGAAAAAGAAGAGGACAUCGUUCAAGCGGAAAUCCAGCAAAAAGGGAGCAGAGGAGGGGCGCUGGAAGCCUUUUGUCAUCAAGCCCACGCCAGCCCCACUCAUGAAGCCGCUGCUGGUGUUUGUGAACCCCAAGAGUGGUGGGAAUCAGGGGGCCAAGAUCAUCCAGUCCUUCAUGUGGUAUCUCAACCCACGGCAAGUCUUUGACCUCAGCCAAGGUGGCCCCAAAGAGGCGCUGGAGAUGUAUCGGAAAGUGCACAACCUGCGCAUCCUGGCGUGUGGGGGGGAUGGCACGGUGGGGUGGAUCCUCUCCAUCCUGGACCAGUUACGCGUGAACCCACCUCCGCCUGUAGCCAUCCUCCCUCUGGGGACCGGGAAUGACCUAGCCAGGACACUGAACUGGGGUGGGGGUUACACGGAUGAGCCCUUGUCAAAGAUCCUCUCGCACGUGGAAGAGGGAAACAUUGUGCAGCUCGAUCGCUGGAAUCUCCAGGUGGAGCCAAACUCCGAGGUGAACCCUGAGGAAAAGGAUGAGACAGCCACAGACAAGCUUCCCCUCGACGUCUUCAAUAACUAUUUCAGCCUUGGCUUUGAUGCUCGUGUGACGCUGGAGUUCCAUGAGUCUCGAGAGGCCAAUCCAGAGAAAUUUAACAGCCGGUUUCGCAAUAAAAUGUUCUAUGCUGGGACGGCGUUUUCCGACUUUCUCACGGGCAGCUCCAAAGACUUGGCAAAGCACGUCAAAGUUGUGUGUGAUGGAACAGACCUGACGCCCAAGAUCCAGGACCUGAAGCCCCAGUGCCUUGUCUUUCUGAACAUUCCUCGGUACUGUGCGGGCACCAUGCCCUGGGGCAACCCUGGGGAGCACCAUGACUUCGAGCCCCAGCGCCAUGAUGAUGGUUGCAUUGAGGUCAUCGGCUUUACCAUGACAUCCCUGGCUGCCUUGCAGGUGGGUGGACAUGGAGAGCGGCUGCACCAGUGCCAGGAGGUGAUGCUCACCACAGCCAAGGCCAUUCCUAUGCAGGUGGACGGGGAGCCAUGCAAGCUGGCAGCCUCCUGCAUUCACAUCUCCCUACGCAACCAGGCCAAUAUGGUGCAGAAGACCAAGCGACGCAACUCCAUGCCCCUGCUCAAUGACCAGCAGCCAGUGCCUGAGCGGCUGCGAAUCCGGGUGAACCGUAUCAGCAUGCACGACUAUGAGGCACUUCACUACGACAAGGAGAAGCUCAAGGAAGCCUCUGUGCCCCUAGGGAUCAUUGUGGUUCCGGGAGAUAGUGACCUGGAGGUCUGUCGGACCCACAUCGAGAGGCUGCAGGAGGAAGGGGAUGGAGCCAAAGUAAAGACGCUUUCAUCUCAGAAGCUGUCUCCCAAGUGGUGUUUCUUGGACUCAACUACAGCUGAUCGGUUUUACAGGAUAGACCGGGCACAGGAGCACCUCAACUACGUGACUGAGAUUUCCCAAGAUGAGCUCUUUGUGCUGGACCCGGAGCUGGUGAUCACCCAGAACGUGGGCACCUCGCCCGCCAUGCCUGACCUCGCUAACUCGUCCUCCAUACCCACAGGACACCAUUUCGCUUUCCCUUCUUCCUCAUCCUCUCCACCCUCCUCGCCAGCCCUCAGCUCAGAAGAAAAGGGCUGCUCCUGCCCCGAAGAUAAUGCUUUGAUAGCUGCUGCCAAGAGUAAUGAUUUCCAGAAGUUCCAAGAGCUGCACCAGGCGGGAGAGGACCUGAUGAUGCGAGACCCCUCGGGUCAGACUGUGCUGCACCAUGCCGUUAAAUCGGGGAGCAAGGAGAUUGUUAAAUACAUCCUCAAGAAUGCCCCUGCGGAGAUCCUGGAUGCAACAGAAGAAGAGAAUGGUGAGACCAGUUUGCACCAGGCAGCUGCCCUGCGCCAGCGCACCAUCUGCCACUACAUUGUGGAGGCUGGGGCUUCACUCAUGAAAACAGACCUGCAGGGAGACACCCCCAAGCACAGAGCCGAGAAGGCCAAUGACUCUGACCUGGCUGCCUACCUCGAAAAUCGACAGCACUACCAGAUGAUCCAGCGGGAAGAUCAGGAGACGGCUGUGUAGUGCUCAGUGUGCCUUACCCCGCAGUCCUGCCAGUGUGGGCAGGACAGGAGGGCGACCACCGAGCUAUGGGUCCAGACCACCCCUCCCUGGAUCUCUGCUUGGUCCCAGGAGGAGGGGAAAGAGGUGGCAGCAGCUCUGACCCAGGCCUGGUUGAGGCUGUAUUCAUUUGUAUGGAGGACAUUUGGGACUCAGAGCCUGGCUCGCUGCCUUCCCCCAUCUCCAACCACAUUCCAUAUCCCCUGCACUGGAUGGACUCUGCUCCUGCAGCUCUCCUACCUGUGCGUCCUGUAGGAGCCAUCUCCAUGGCUGGGAAGAGAUGGAGACUCUGUGCCGCCCUUGUAGGCAGGAGUAAUGGCUGGUGCCCCCUCAACAGCCUCUAGCCCUUAGGUGCUCGCGUUCAGCCUCCACCUGCCAGCCCGUCGUGGCUCCAAAGUGCCGCCUUUGCACUGGACUCAUCACCACUAGCACUGCCCUCACUCGUCCCCAGGAGCCUGCCCACACCACGCCUGGCAGAGCCCCAGGGAAUCUCAGAAAGCAGCUCUGCUCCUGCACUUGGUGCUAGCUGGCUCUCCAGAUGGCAGAAGAGGUGGGGAUGCUUGCGGGCCUGAGUGGUUAAGUGCUACUGAGUUCACCUAGCCAGACCUAACGCCUCCCCCUCCUCCUGCCUCCCUUUGCUCCGAGGCUCGGUGCAGCUGCGCAAGGGACUCCCGACAGCUGGCCGGAGCCCCUGGUAUGUCCAGUGGAGGCAGGCAAGCUGUCCUCUGGUCGAAGUUGGAACCUGAUGCUGCAACAAAAUGUCAGCGAUGUGCCCGGAUCUUCCAGGCUUCCUCUUCCUGGCACUCUCCUCACUUUCCUGAUUCCCCUCUCCAAGCUCAUCUCCUGCUCCCCUUCCUUCACAUGUGUUUCUAAUUUGCUGAACACCAGCAGGCUUUGAGUGUGGGUAAAAAAAUGUGCUGUUUAUGCAGCAGGGAGGCUGCCAGGCUGGGGGGAGAGCUUGUAGUUAACCAUAGUACUGGGUUCUUCCUGUACCAGCACCCCCAUUGCAAACACUUGCCCUGGGCCCUCUGAAUGUACAGCUGGGGCAGUCACGUAGUUUGGAGUGCACCAUAGACUAGAUGCUCCCAUACCGAGAGCCAGCGCCUGCAUCUGUACAAGUGCCCCAGGGUGUGAGAGCCACAGCUUUAGAUGUAAGGGAUAGAAGAUGCCCUGUUGAGCCCUCUGGACCCAUGGCCAGAGCAGGCUUAGUUCUUAAAAUCUAUUCCCAGGGCUUUGGCUAAGCAAAGCCCACCCCAGCUCCUAUCAGCAUGCUUCCCAAGAAGCAGCCUGUGUCCCUUGGCUCGCCUUGCUGCUACUCUUCCCCCCACCACCAUUUUGCUCCCUACUGAGCCCUGCAUACUUCCCUCCCCUUUGCUCGGGGGCUUUCAUGCCCUUGCCUCAACAGAUUCCUUGUCUGGGCUGGUGCCCCCAGUUCUCUGUGCAUGGCCCCUCCUGUCUACUCUGAGCUGCUUUGAGCUGUGCGCUCACCCAGCAGUAUGCGUCUUCCCUGGCUCUUAGCUACUUCGUUUGCCACCUUUGCAAUAGACAUAAAAAUAAAGAAGGGGAGUCGGAGCCUCCUCACUGCAGUGGCCCCAAUUCCAGGUGAAGUCUGCCCCACACAUUCCAGAAUAAUAAGGCUAACCCUUCUGCUGUGUGGGAAGCCCUAAUCCUGAGUGUGGGUGAUGUACCAAGGAGGUAGCCAGCUGGCCCAUACCUGGCUGUAUGCUAGGGUGGGAGCAGCAGGACUUUCCAGGCCAGAAGCUGAGUAGUUCAGGGGUGAAACUCAGAUGUGGAGCACAAGCAGCAAAACAUGAAGAUUCAGUGGGGCCAUUGUGUGCCCUGAAGGAGCCAGGAGGCGAGAGCCUUCCAGUGAGUUCAUUUCAGCCUUGGGUACCGAGACCGCUCUGAGAAACAAGGCACGAGGGAGCUCCACUCUCCUAGCAGGUCUUUGAGCACUGGGGCUGUGGGAGCCUGUGCUUGGGGCACAGGAGGGGAGGGGCAGCUUGUUCAUUUGGUUUACAGAGCUGGGGAAGGGGAAACCUGCUUUUUAGCAUGUUUGUUUUCAGUAGUUCACUCUUCCCAGCAUGAGUGGAAGAAAAGCAGAAUUGUACUGCCCCCAUCCCAUCCGCUGUUAUUCCUGUUGUGGUGGAGCUUGUGUCAUUAGGAGCUGCUGUAAUCUGCCUUGAGCCUGUUUGGGCACUGUAUCAGUGCUGCUACCAGGGAGUCCCCCUCCUGUGCUGUGGCUAUUCAUCCUCUGCUUGGACAGCCACCCACCCCCUACAUGAGGACAACUGUGUGGCAAAAAUCAACAAGCCUGGCUACCACAGGCACAAUGCUUGAUGAGUUGCGAGCCAGAUGGCCUGGUUUGGAGGCAAAGGUGGUAUUUGGGCCUGCAGAGAUACGGAGGGAGGGGAGCCCACAGCUAACCAACCAGCACUCACCAUCCUUGCAGGGGAGAUUUUCUUGCAUCCAGCUGUGCCCCAGGGUACAAGUGAACAGAGUGACCCAUCUGUCCAAAUGCAUGGGGUGAGAUGGUAGUUUUGCAAGUCUGCAUCCAUAAAACAAGUGCUACCCAACUACAUAGUACAGCAGCAACCCCCGGGAAGUAAGACGCUGGCAUGCAAUGGGGCCAGGCUGCUUGGGUCAGAUGAACCAUCAUGGCCUUGCCCUUGUCCAUUCAAGAGAAAGGUGAUUCUGAGCCAGUUUAGGCUGGUGAUCAUUUGCUGGGCACCACUGGAUGACGUUCCAUGUCCCUCUUGCACAGAUGCAGAGGGUCAGGAUAAAGGGCCUCAUCGUCCUGAUGGGGCUGCCUGCUAGCCCACAGCAGGACAGACCCACUGUCUCAUUAAUUGCACAAGCUGCUCUCUCUGCGGGGACACUGAGUCUGGCCUGAAAGUGUUUACACCCUGAACCCAUCCUCCCCGCUCCGUUUUGUACAUUCUCUUAGUCUUUGUACUGAUAGUUCAGACACACGCUGGUCACUUCCCCCGUGUCCCUGUGUGUGUCCAUGAGCUGAGUUGCGGUGCAAUUCCAAGCCUGGCUUGUUUUUAUGCGAGGGGAUGGGUAUUUUGUAAUACCAGAGGGUGGAGAUUCUGUGCAGUGCCUGGUUUCUGUCUCCUAGACUCUUAGGAUUGUAUAUUUGUAACUGUUGGGACUGUGGCUCUGGCAGGCCAAGUGCCUGGACAGCAGCCUUCACUCCCUUCACUUUUCAUCUUUGACAGUUUGGAUGUUGUAGUUUCUUGCCAUUAAAAUAAAAAGGACAUUUUACUGCC